AUGGCAUCCCGUCUCGAGUUUCAUUACGUUACCCCGAGGCCUUUGAGAAAGUCCGUGUACGCGGGCUUCGAUUCCAGGAUACUGAAAGCUCAGAUGGUCCAAAGCCUUGUUCAAUCAUUUGAGCCUGUUCUACAACAGCUAAGCAAGGCGAGUCCGGCUGAGGAGAUAUCGAGCAUUGAUAUCAUGACAGCUCAAAAUAUGGAGAGGACAUGGAAUUGGAACAAUGAUCUGCCGAAGGCGAUGGACUGCUGCCUUCACACCUUAAUUGGAGAUCAAAUCCGCGCUGCUCCGACUUCGCCUGCUGUCCAUGCUUGGGACGCCACAUUGUCAUAUGAGCAGCUGGAUCGCCUCUCCUCUAAGUUGGCAUGGCGGCUGCACGAUCUGGGCUUGUCACCAGGCGAGAUCGUUCCGCUCUCUUUUGAGAAGUCGGCAUGGAUUAUUGUAUCAAUCCUAGCCGUGGUUAAGGGAGGAGAUUGUCAUAGCAUGAGCUUACGCCUCGCUGACACAGUCAUCCCUGUCUCAGCAAGUCUAGCCUCCGACCUGGAAGAUCAAGCAGAACGACAGUUGAAUAGCCCAACACCAGACUCAAUUUUGUAUGUCGCAUUUACGUCUAGCAGCACUAGAGUACCCAAGGGAGCACAAGUCAGCCAUAGAAAUUUUGCCUCUGCCAUGCAUCAUCAGACGAAACAGUUUGCCUACAAGAAAAGUUGGCGGGUUUUCGACUUUGCUUCGUAUAGCUUCGACAUGUCUAUUUUUGGAAUUCUCUACACACUCGCUGCGGGCGCUUGCCUUUGCAUCCCCAAUGACGAAGAUCGGAAGAGUGAAUUACCAAAGUCCAUCAGCGACAUGCAGGCAGAUUCCGUCAUUCUUACUCCCUCUGUGCUGAGGACUUUAGACCCAAAAGAGGUAUCUUGCCUCAAGUUAAUCAUGUCCAUUGGUGAGCCCUUGUGUAGAGAUGAUGUGAUUCCAUGGGUAGACGCCAGGGUGCAGCUUGUCAAUGCGUAUGGCCCAGCAGAAUGUACCCCAGUCAGUACCAUCAACAGCAAUGUAGGCGAGGGCGAAGGAAAUCCACAUAUUGGCCGCGGUUUGGGGCAUAUCACUUGGGUUGCAGAUGCCGAGGAUCAUAAUUGCUUGGUUCCAAUUGGCAAAGUUGGUGAGCUGUUGCUUGAAGGACCACUUGUUGGCCGUGGGUAUGUAGGAAACCUGGAGAAGACACAGGCUGUUUUCAUCGAAGACCCAUCCUGGCUACUAGUGGGAACCACAGAACACGCCGGAAGGCACGGUCAUUUGUACAAAACGGGAGAUCUUGUCAGCUAUAAUGACGAUGGCACCCUGAACUACAUCGGCCGAAAGGACAACCAAGUCAAAAUCCGCGGCCAACGAGUCGAGCUUGGAGAAGUUGAGCAUCAUGUCAAACAAUGCGUAGCUGAUGCUGCCCAGGUUGUAGCGGAGGUUGUGUUGAACGGAGACAGCAAUACCUAUACUGGUCGCUUUUGUUACAAAAACCGUCUCGAGCCCGACGUCGAGAGAGCUCUCACAGAACACCUACCCUCAUACAUGAUCCUAGUGGCAAUUUUUCAUUUGGAGGAAAUGCCCAUGACAGCCACUCAAAAGACCGAUCGCAAGAAGCUCCGCAUUAUCGGAUCGGAGCUUUUGGCAAAGCAGCUCGCAGAACGACGGACAAGCUCACCGAAACUCAAACAGCAGCCAUCGUCUCCAAUAGAAGUCCAGCUACGAAGUAUAUGGGCACAAGUUCUCAAUGUCGAUGAAUCAGAUAUUGGCGUCGAUAGUAGCUUUUUACAACUUGGCGGUGAUUCUAUCACUGCGAUGCGAGUCUCCUCACUAGCUCGAGUUAGUUUCAUCAACAUCAGUAGCGCAGAUGUCCUGCGUGUCAAGACCAUAUCGAAGCUGGCGGCAGAUUCAGCUGUCGCCUGUCCUCUUGCAAGCUAUUCUGUCCAGCCAUUUAAUGAUGUAGACAAGACUUUCCCGUUAAGUCCCAUGCAGAACCUCUAUAUGCAUCUCCAACCGUCUCCGAACCUGCCUCAUGAUCAAAACUUCUUCCUUCGUUUGAAGACAAAAAGGUCUCCAGUUGUUAUUGAGGCAGCAAUUGAAGUUUUGGUUGAGCGACAUAGCAUACUGCGCGCGCGGUUCUUUCAAGACAAUGAGGGAACAUGGCAACAGAAAAUUAGCCAAGAUAUCUCUAGGUCAAUUUACAUAUGCACCAAAGAAGCAAACCAUGACAAUAUCGCUGAUGCUAUCGCACAAUGUCGCGACCGCCUUGACAUUAUGAAAGGGCCGUUGGUUGGAGUUUGUAUUAUCGACGAGGGUGAUGAUCAGGCUUUGUUUCUCUCGAUCCAUCAUCUUGUGAUUGACUUGGUGUCUUGGAGAGUGCUGUUGCGCGAUCUGGAGUCUAUUUUGACCUCCAAGGACAAUGUAGCCUCUGCGUCGCUGAAUUUUCAGACAUGGGCAUCACUGCAAGAACAGUAUGCUGCGGUCUGCUUGGAAACGCAACCAAUCAGUCCAGGCAAACCAAAAGCAGACCAUCUCGAAUACUGGGGAGUAGAGUCUCUUUUAAAUAAGUCUGAUAGUAUUCUCACCAGGACUUUUGCACUCAGUAUCCAGGAAACCUCAUCCAUUUUGGGACACUGUAAUGAUGCAUUCGGAACACGACCAGUAGAGCUCAUGAUAGCGGCGAUCAUUCACUCGUUCAGGUCAAGAUUUCCAGUUUGUCAAAGUCCCACAGUCAUAAAUGAGAGCCAUGGUCGUGAGCCAUGGGACAAUUCCAUGGAUGUUUCUGACAGUGUUGGCUGGUUUACAACCAUGUCUCCAGUGCAGGUGGCUUGCGACGUAAAUUCCAGCCUGGAAGAUGUAAUACGAUUAACAAAAGAUCUGAUGCGCAACCAACCACAGAACGGAUGGACAAAUUUCACAUCUCUCUGCAAAGACGCUUCUGGAGCCAAGGAGCUUGCCAAGCGGUUUCCAGUGGAGAUUUUAUUCAACUACGCUGGAAUCUAUCAGCAACCCGAGCAUGACGACGCAUUCUUUGAAAGGCUUGAAUUGCCCCAUGGUUGUGAUCCUCUUACCCGUCUGGAGGUUCAAAGAUUUGCCUUGUUCGAUAUUGGGGUACGGGUAGAGAAGUGCGCCCUCAUUGUAUCGGUUGCUUACAAUAAAUACAUGAGCCGUCAAGGCGAAAUUUGUAACUGGGUCGACAAUUUACAGGGCACGCUGACAAAUAUGUCGAGUGAGCUGCCUACGAGCAUCCCUCACUGGACCCUUUCAGAUUUCCCACUCGCGUUCCAGACAUACGACGAGAUUCAAGAAUUCUCCCAGUAUCAUCUGAACCGACUUGGUAUCAAACACGGCGAUGUUGAGGAUAUCUUUCCUUGUUCCCCCUUCAGCAGGGCUAAGUUUACCGUCGAAGUGAAAAUAGGGUCCGGAUCAGGAACGCUAGACAUUUCCAAACUUGAGAUGGCAUGGAAAGAAGUGGUCCGUAAACAUGCACUAUUGCGAUCUCUUCUGAUCAACAAAACUGGCAAACCGAGACACACACUUCACGUUGUUCUCAAGGAUCCAGUGCCUUCCAUCUAUCGCAUACCGAGACAAGAUCCAAAUUCCCAGUGGACACUUCAGCAUGAGACAAGUGAGACUUACGGGCACGAAGAAUUGCAACACCAUCUUGUCAUACACGAGAUCGAUGCAACGACAGCCCAUAUAGAGCUGCACAUUAGCCACGCUAUCAUAGAUGGUUUCUCGCUGCAAAAUCUCUGGAAAAAUCUUCAGGAAGCCUACAAUGUCUCUCAGAGCCCUACGGGAUCUUAUAGAGACUUUGCUGAGUAUCUGGGAUCGCAACCCAAAGAUGCGGCUGCUGACUUCUGGUCUAAACAUCUCCAAAAUGCUACACCCUGUAUCUUACCAGCUUCAGAAGGUGGCCGAGACUCAACUGUUUUUGAAAAUAUUCCGGUUCCCAUUGAAUCGAAUGAUCUAAUAAAAGAAUUUUGUAGCACCUCGGAGAUUACAACCGCAACAUUGAUCCAGGUUGCGUGGGCCAUGGUUCUGAGGCUGUAUACUGGCAGUAUAUCGCCCUGCUUUGGCAAUAUCUUUGGCCCUCUUGUUGGUAUGGCGCCAUGUCUGGUUUCUUUUGAAAACUCAACAGCGGUGCUUGAGGUCUUGAAGGCCGCUCAACAAGAUUACCUUGACAGCCUGCCUCACCAACAUGUUCCUCUGAGGGAGAUUCACCAUAUGCUGGGUCUAAAAAAGAAGGCGCUUUUUAACAGUAUCAUCAGCUUUCAGAGAUCAUGGAGCGUAGAAGAUCAGAACGGUCUGUCAGUGCAUCAUCUCGAUGCCUUUGGUCCAAACGAGUAUGACGUUACCGUGCGCGUAAGUGAUGGAUUUGCUGGGACUGUGGUGAAGUUGACUUUCCUGCCAACUUUCCUCAGUCCCGAGGAGAAGCGCGAGAUGGCUCGUGUGUUUGGAAAGGCGAUCAGUGCAAUUGUUGCUAAUCCCUUGCGCAAGGUUGAGGAUAUUGACCUUUGA